CAGCAACCACAGACUGCGUACCAGUGCCAGCGAGAAGGCUGCUACGACAGACGAGACCCGACGCUAUGUAUCCAUCGGCAUGACAGCCGCGUCGAUGGCGUUUCUAAAGUUGGAUAACGGUGUUUGGCCUUGAACAGAGACGUUAGAAGCGUGACAUAGAUUUAACGGCAAUGGCUGCGGUAUCACUUGUUAGAUAGAAAGACAGGCAGAGAGAGUGAGAGCGAGAGAGAGAGAGAGAAAGAGAGAGAGAGAGAGAGAGAGAGAGAGAGAGGGGCCAAAGUGGACUCCCUCCCUCGGUACAGCCGUUCCGCCCGAUGGAGGCAGACGGGACCAUUGCAGUGAGCUCGAGGCCCGGAAUGUCACCUGUGAAACGUCCACACCUCGUUGGAGGACGUGACUGAGGAAAAGACCGCGCACAUCUCUUCUCGCUUUCGACAACUUAUUAACUUCUUAGAAAGCUUGUGUACAACAACAAAAGUUAGCUGGUCAACGUUAGCUGCGGGAGGCGACCCCUCGCUCAAGAUGACCCUCAUAGAUAUCACUUAACGAGAGGUUACUCACCGCCUCAGGUAACCUAGGACAGGUGAACAGCGCACUAUUUAACGGACUUCAUGCUUUAUACUUUAUGUUACUUUAUAUUUCUCCAUCCGCAAGUUGACAUCAACCCACCUGCCUGCGAGAACUGAGCAGUUUUGUUUCUCAAACAAAGACUUUUCUCAUCAAGUGUCACCUUUUUCAACAACCAUGUCAUUCAAAGAGAACCCCUGUCGGAAAUUUCAAGCCAACAUUUUCAACAAAAGUAAAUGCCAGAACUGCUUUAAGCCCAGGGAAUCACAUUUGCUCAACGACGAAGACUUAAAUCAGGCAAAACCUAUAUAUGGAGGCUGGUUGCUGCUGGCGCCUGAGGGAACAAAUUUUGACAAUCCCUUACACAGAUCUCGGAAAUGGCAAAGGAGGUUCUUCAUCCUCUAUGAGCAUGGCUUACUUCGCUAUGCUCUGGACGAAAUGCCCAGCACUCUACCCCAGGGUACAAUCAAUAUGAACCAGUGCUCUGACGUCAUCGAUGGGGAGACCAGGACAGGUCAGAAGAACUCGCUGUGCAUCCUGACCUCUGAGAAAGAGCACUUCAUACGGGCUGAAUGUAAAGAAAUCAUCAACGGGUGGCAGGAGGCACUGACUGUGUACCCCAGGACCAACAAGCAGAACCAGAAGAAGAAACGCAAGGUUGAUCCACCCACUCACCAGGAGCCCGGCCCUGCCAAGGUGACAGUGACCAGCAGCAGCAGCGGAGGCAGCAUCCCCUGUCUGCCCAGCAGCAUUGCCAGUGCUGAGCGUGUCCCGAUGAGCCGUGCCACCCUGUGGCAGGAGGAGAGCCGCUGGAGCAGGGCCACCAUCCCCUGCAGCCGCAGUGCCUCCUGUCUCAGCCAGCUGAGCCAGAGCCAACCAGACUCCAGUAACACUACUCAAGACGAUGGUGGCACCAUGAAUACUGGACGCAAGGUACGCGUGGAGAGCGGUUACUUUUCCCUGGAGAAGACCAAGUCGGAGCCUUCUCCACAGUCUGCACAGCAUUCCCAGCCACCCCAGCCACCUCAACAUCUGCCCCUGUCCUCUUCAGCAUCAUCCUCCUCUUUAGGAGCUCCCAGUCCCAGGCGUUCUCAAAUCAUCGGCCGGUUCGAGGAGGGUCAGCAUGUGGAACGUAUGGACACAAGCAGCUCCAAUGAGCCCACCGCCAACACCGUUGUAAUCCAGAGACAAGGCCGCAGUGAGAGACGCUAUCUGGCUAAUAAACAUGAGAUGUCACUGGAUGCAGGGAAAGAUCGUUCAGUCCCUGAUGUGUCCAGCUCCACUUUUGCCAACCUAAGAAGAGCCAAGUCACUGGACCGCAGAGUCACAGAGUCUUCAAUGACUACGGUGACACCACACCUGAUGAAGCUCAACAGAAAAAAGCCAGAUCUGCUGAACUUCAAAAAAGGAUGGAUGACCAAGCUGUAUGAAGAUGGAAUGUGGAAGAAACACUGGUUUGUCCUCACAGACCAGAAUCUGAGGUACUAUAAGGACUCAAUAGCCGAGGAGGCUUCAGAACUGGAUGGUGAGAUUGAUCUUUCCACUUGUCAUGAUGUCAAAGAGUUCCCGGUCCAGAGAAAUUACGGCUUCCAAAUCCUGUGUAAAGAGGGAGCAUGCACCCUGUCAGCCAUGACCUCUGGAAUCCGUCGCAACUGGAUUCAGGCCAUUAUGAAGAAUGUGCGACCCACUAUUGCCCCCGAUGUCACCCGAUCCCUCCCUGAUGAGAAGAUAAAAGCCCAAGUGAUGUUGGAGCCGUGUCCACAGGUCACCCCUGAGCCAAGCCCCAUUUCUGAGGCCCCCAGGUCUGACGUCCACAGACAGCCAGCUGGCAACAAUGCCUCUGUUCCUCCCUCUGAGUCCCGUAAAAGCCGAGUUCGUGAGCGCAGACCAGAGGGCCGCUCUAAGACUUUUGAUUGGUCUGAGUUCAAAAUGGAUCAGACCGAAAAGCCUUUGAAGGAACGAGCAGACACCGUCGACCUCAGUUCAUCGUUCUCCACAACCUCCUCAUAUUGCUCUCCCUCCUCUUCACCUUCUUCAUUAGCGUCCUCUCCCGUCUCUACCUCCUCCCUCCAAACCUCCUCGAUAUCAGGCGCUCACCCACCUUCUCUGACAGAAGAAGCAGAAAAGGAGAAUGUCAGGAGGGGUGUACCUCCACACAGCACAACCAGUGCAACCCACAUGCCAAAUACUGUUACUGUUACCAUGACUUCUACUCUAAACGCUAUGCCACCGGUACAGCCAUCGAAGCCUGAAAGCCCAGAGCAGGGAAAGAUGGAAGUAGACCACCCCACAGCCAUGCACCCUGCAGGUGACGAUAAGGACAACAGAAGCUCAGGUGUCCAUGAAGAGAUUGAGCAGCGAUGGCAUCAAGUGGAGACAACACCGCUGAGAGAAGAGAAGCAAGUGCCCAUCACCACAGCUUUAGGAAACUCUGGUAACUCCGACAGAUUGCCUGCGGAUGAGCUUGCUGCGCUGCUAGACAAAGAGUUGGGACAGAAGCAGAAGGAGCUAGACCGACUACAGAAGCAGAACAACCUUUUAAAGGAGCAGCUGGAAGAUGCACUAGGGAGAGAACAGAGUGCCAGAGAGGGCUAUGUACUGCAGGCCACAUGCGAACGUGGCUUUGCUGCAAUGGAAGAAACACACCAGAAGGUGAUAGAAGACAUCCAGAGGCAGCAUCAGAGGGAGAUUUCCAAACUUAUGGAGGAGCGAGAGAGACUGUUGGCUGAGGAGACUGCCGCAACAAUUGCUGCUAUUGAAGCUAUGAAAAAUGCACACAAGGAGGAACUGGAGAAGACCCAGCGCUCACAACUGAGUGGACUGAACUCUGACAUUGAUGAGCUUCGCUUACAAUACGAGGAGGAGCUGCAGUCCAUCCAGAGAGAACUGGAGGUGUUGUCAGAGCAGUAUUCUCAGAAAUGUCUGGAAAACGCUCACCUGGCCCAGGCGCUGGAGGCCGAGAGGCAGGCCCUCAGGCAGUGUCAGAGAGAGAACCAGGAGCUAAAUGCUCACAACCAGGAAUUAAAUAACAGACUGAGUGCAGAGAUCACUCGGAUGCGAUCCUGUUUCAGCGGAGAAACGGCGAUGUCACCACUCACCCAGGGCAAAGAUGUGUAUGAACUGGAGGUGUUGCUGAGAAUUAAGGAGUCAGAGAUCCAGUACCUUAAACAGGAAAUCCACUCUUUGAAAGAUGAACUGCAGUCUGCUUUAAGGGACAAGAAAUAUGCCACAGACAAAUAUAAGGACAUAUAUACAGAGCUCAGUAUUGUGAAAGCAAAGGCUGACUGUGACAUCAGCAAACUGAAGGAGAAACUUCUCAUCGCCACAGAAGCUUUAGGCGAGAGGACUGUGGAUGGAACAGUCACGUCUGGAUACGAUAUCAUGAAAUCAAAAAGUAAUCCAGAUUUUAUUAAAAAAGAACAAUCAACAACCUCCAAGCAAUUAAGAGGCAUAAGGUCAAAGAGCCUGAAAGAGGGACUUACCGUGCAGGAGCGCAUGAAGCUUUUUGAGGCAAAAGAUUCCAAAAAGAUUUGAAUAUCAAGAAUCUGAAGUUUCUUUUCUCUUUCCUGGCCUUGGUUUUUGGUCCGGUUUCUACAGUCAUGCCAGCAUCAGCUGAAGACUCUUAUAGGUAAUGGAAUAAAUCUAUAAAGGUCGAUGCUUAACAUGGACCUGCUGCUUCCAUGCCUCUGAUAAGUUGUCAUAUAUUUGUUUAAUUUUUUUUUUUUUUAAUAGUAAAAAGUUUUACUGAAUCAAUCCUGUGUUAGAUUUCUUUAAAAACACAUAGAUGUAUAAUCUGUCCAAGUUGGAGAUGUGUCAAAUAAGCUGUGAGAGGGAUACAUGACAGCAUUUUUAUUGAUCCUCCAAAAUGCCAAAACAGACAGCAAUACACAGUAUGAAUAAUAUAUAUUUCCCAAUAUGAAUUAAGUAUCUGCUGUAUUUUAUUAUUGUUACAGUUUCUAUAUCUAAUAAUUUUUAAUGUGUUUAAUGUUGCACCAGUUCUGUUGUACAUAACUACUGGAUAUAUGUAAGAGUAUGGUUUGCUGUUGAUUGUUGGGGCAUCUGCUGUACUAUAACUAUGGUUUGAUUGAUAGUAGAAAACAAUGUGAUGCUUAACUUGCUUGUGUAUGAGAGUUUUAUAAAAAAUGGUGUGUCUGUGUGUGAGGGGGGGGAAGGGGGGUGGGAUUGCACUUAUCACUUGACUACUUGAGGAAGCUUUUUUUGUCUCAAAUUGGUGUAGUGACUUCGAGUCAAUUAUUGCAGUGCAACCAAACAUCCUGACUUCUGUCAAACUUAGUGAACAGCCGUGACUUGUUAGUGAUACUGGAUUUUUUUUUUUUUUUUUUUUUUUUUUUGGUUUUGGGUUUUUUUUUUUUUUUUUUUUUUUUUUUUUUAAGUUUCUUAAAACCUGAACUUGUGUUUGCUCAGUUUUGACUUUGGUGUGAGAAUAUCAUCUCAUAAAAGCUGAAACUAUUUAGGACUUUGCAUGACUGUACAGUAUAAUUUGAUUUGCAGAAUGAUCAUGUUGCCUCAUUUUCCUACUUUAUGCUUUAGUGUGGAACUCUUAACACUAAUAAGCUUUGCUUUGCAAGUCCUACUGUUUAGGUGUUGAGAUUGAAAUGUUUUACUGUAAGCGACAGUCUUGAAGCACUUGGCCCAAUCCCUGACCUCUCACUGAAAAUCUAGUCGUGCCUCAACUGAGUGAAGAAUAUAAACAUCCAUGAAACCUGUGCAGCUAUGGAUACACACUGUAUAGUAUUCAAACCACGCCUUGUAUAUAUAUGCCACACGGAAGACUUCUGUGUUUUGUUUUAAACUUGUACCUUGCUCACUAGCUCUAUAUGAAAUAUAUAUAUGAAUAUUUUUUAUUUUCAUUUGAAUGUAUAACGUCAAAUAAAUGAAGUGUUUGGA